AUGGCGACACCAUCCAAACUCAGUCCUCGCGACGUUCACACCACCCUGAACUACUCUUCCUUCUCGACCGACGAGACGCCGUACAACUACGUCUCUGCCCCUCCCGACGGCAAACCCAGCACUAACUACGUCCCUGAACCUCACCCGGCCGUCAUCUACGACAUCCGCGGAAAGGAAGAUACAAAGUCUCUGGACGAGAACGGUUUCGCGUUCGUGAAGUAUCCGUCGCAAGAAAAGGAUUUCGUGGACGACGGGAAGAUCAAGGACGUUUACUACAAGGAGCUAGAGGAUUUGUUGAAGAAGCAUGUGCCGGGGGUAAAGAAGAUCCACGUUUUUGAUCAUACUAUUAGGCGUCCCAUUGGUGAAGACUCGCGCCCAAGUGACGAUCGACGUGGUCCAGCUGACCGCGCCCACGCAGACCAGACCUACGAAGCCGGCAUCCGUCGCGUCCACGACCGAUUCCCCGCCGACGCCGAACGCCUCCUCCAACAUCGCGUCCGCAUCAUCAACGUCUGGCGUCCGAUCGCCAACCCCGUCACGCACCACCCUCUCGCCGUAGCCGACUGGCGCACCGUCAAACCCUCCAGCGAGCUCCUGCCGACUAAGGUCAUUACCCCCACGAGGAUCGGAUGGACGUACAGCGUGAAGUACAGUCCGGAGCAUACGUGGUAUUAUUUGGGAGGACAGACGCCGGAGGAGGUUGUGCUGAUUAAGUGUUUCGAUACAGAGGGUGCGGAGGAGGCGGCUGGGAAGGAUGUGGCGACGUACACCCCGCAUACCGCGUUUUUUGAUGCAGGGAGUCCGAAGGAGGCACCGCAGAGGCAGUCGAUUGAGGCUAGGUGUUUGUUGUUCGACAUGGAGUAG